AUGAGUGCGCUGCAAGUUCUGAAGAACAAUGUCAUUAAAAUUGUAAAAUUUUCAUUGUUUAUUGUUGUUUCCACUUUUGCUAGUGGUGGCUUUGUCCCCUCCAAAGAGAACAUGAUAGUUUUCAAGAACAAUUCGGAGCUUCGCCUCCUUAUCAUGCCACAUAUCUUGUUUCAAAUUACUUCCUUAAUCAAUGAUUAUAUUAUGCAGCAUGAUGAUGGCGGAGAAAGCAACGCUAUGGGGCUCCAUAUGAAGCAGAAGAAGGAUCAGUGGUGCACGUGUGACAGUGACAGUGACUUAGUGUCUGGAAUGGGGUUGAGAUUGGCUGAGAUGUUGGAUAAAUGGAUUUGGAUCUGUGAGAGUUAA